UUCGAGUGUGUGUCUCUGUGAGGCUUCGAGUUCGACAAUUGCCACCCCAUUCCCAGAAAGCCUCCUUCUUUAACCUUUUCUUCUUCUUCUUCUUCCUCCUUUACAUACCUUAAUCCUCCUUCUCCUCAAACACCUUCCUUCUCCGUUAAGAAUUUCUCUUUUGCUUCGCUUUCAAACUCUGAUAAUUCACUUUGACGCCGCUCUUUACAUACCACCAAUCCUCUCUUCCAUUCGACGCCUUAAGUUCUUCCUAUUGAAUCUGAGCUUCUAUCAUAUAGUGCCGCCGCUUGCUGCUUCUGGGGUUUGAGAGUAGCGAUCCGGCAUUCGAGUGAUCUCUGUUCGGAUAUCGAUCUGCUUUGCUUGAUUGGUUUCAGGUGGUGGGGCUGUUGGGCUCAGCAGUCAAUAGAGUAAACGGCAGAAUGUGGUGGAUGAUGGGAGAAGCCGGAGGGCAUUACUGUUCCAAGAAGACCGAUGAUUUGUGCGGCGAUGUUUGUGGCCAGGGAUCAAACCAAGUAUCAGGCAUGUCAAGAGUUCGUUGCAUUUUGCGUGGCUUGGAUGUAAAAACCUACAUAUUUCUUUUUGCUGUCGUCCCGAUGUGUGUCUUUGGAAUUUAUGUGCAUGGACAGAAGAUUUCAUACUUUCUGCGGCCACUCUGGGAAAAACCACCCAAGCCUUUCGAGGUCAUCCCGCAUUACUACAAUCAAAAUGUGUCAAUGGAGAAUCUCUGCAGACUUCAUGGCUGGGGAAUCCGUGACUACCCAAGACGUGUUUAUGAUGCUGUUUUGUUCAGUAAUGAGUUGGAAAUACUGAACUUAAGGUGGAGAGAAUUGUAUCCUUACAUAUCAGAAUUUGUCCUUCUUGAGUCAAAUUCUACAUUCACUGGACUGCCUAAGCCUCUUGUUUUCAAAAGCAAUCGGGGGCAAUUCAAAUUUGUUGAGUCCCGAUUGACAUAUGGGACAGUUGGUGGGAGAUUUAGGAAAGGAGAGAACCCAUUUAUUGAGGAAGCCUAUCAGCGAGUAGCACUCGACCAGCUUCUUAAGAUAGCUGGUAUUUCAGAUGAUGACCUGUUGAUUAUGUCUGAUGUUGAUGAGAUACCAAGUGCUCACACUGUUAACCUCUUGAGGUGGUGUGAUGACAUACCUUCAAUCCUCCAUCUUCAACUGAAGAAUUAUCUCUAUUCCUUUGAGUUUCAUGUGGAUGAUGACAGCUGGAGAGCUUCAGUUCACAGGUAUGAGAGUGGAAAAACAAGGUAUGCUCAUUUUCGCCAAUCUGAUGACUUAUUGGCGGAUUCUGGCUGGCAUUGUAGCUUCUGUUUCCGCCGAAUCAGUGAUUUCAUUUUUAAGAUGAAAGCCUACAGCCAUUAUGACAGAGUAAGGUUCUCUCAUUAUUUAAAUCCCAAAAGAAUUCAGAAAGUAAUCUGCAAAGGGGACGAUUUAUUCGACAUGCUUCCAGAGGAGUACACCUUCAAGGAAAUCAUUGGUAAAAUGGGACCAAUACCCCAUUCUUAUUCUGCAGUUCAUCUUCCUGCUUAUCUUUUGGAGAAUGCAGAGAAGUUCAAAUUUCUCUUGCCCGGAAAUUGUGUAAGAGAGAGCGAAUGAUCUUGGAGACAAAUUUCCAAUGUCCAAGAGUUCUGUGCCGCUCGAGAGACACUUAACUGAAGCUUUACUGACUAUCACUCAAUUGGAGGCCUGGGCUAUGUUCAUGUUCAGUUAUAUAUACUUUGAGAAUGCAUUGAGAUCAGACAGAUGCCAUGAUGCUGGGUGGAAUAGGGGAAUCUGUACAUAAAGAGUUGGACUGCAUUCAAGAGGCAGCAGAGUGUCUGUCCGGGGGAGCAAAGGAAAGUUUGGCUGUAAGAACAUGAUCCUUUUGAGUUCACUCUGUUUUACAAGUGUCGCUGAUCCCCGAUAUGUUAGAUGACUCGUUUCCUUCGGGAAGUUUUGUAUUGGAAACGAAUUUAAUUUGUUUUUUUAUUUUUAUUUGAUGCUAAAUUUGUCUCUUCUUAUUGUUUGUUAUAUAUAUUCACACAUUUGAUGCAUUGUCCGUUCA